AUGGACGUAGACUGUUGUCUGUUGUGACGAUUGACAGUCACAACUAUUAAAUAAUGGUGAUAUUUUGACAGUUUUCCGUUAACCAUCAUUACUGCAAACAUUCAUUCUUUUCUUAAAUUCUAUUUCAUUAAUGACUACCUCAUUUUAGGAGAUAUGUACAACGGUGUUUCCCGCCUUCCUAUCUUACUAAAAUGCACUCACUAAUUGAUAUCAUAGACAAUAAAUCGCCAAAAGGGCUUUUAGUAAAACACAUCAACACACCAUUAUACUCGGACUGCAGUCUCAAGGUAGUCUGUUGUAUACAAACCCAGAGGGUGACUUGGCCUUAUCAUAGAAUACUAUAUUACAUAUCCUAAUUCCUUUACAAGCGAUAAGAGAAACACUCCUUCCCCUUAUGACGUCAUCUUGCAUUCGCGAAGUGCAUCACGGUAUUGAUAAAWGGAUCAAGAUGGCGGAUGUAUUAUAUAAAAUCACGUAGGACGACGUUUCUGUUCAAAUUAGCGUUAAACGUUGCCAAGGAUGAUUUAGAUGAACAGUUAAUAAGAUGGCUGCUUAAGUAUCUUCAAAGAGCACUUACAGUUAUAAAUAAGUUUGUUAGUUAAGCUUUAUAUAAACGUAAAGUAAAGAAAAGAUAAUUUACAGAAAAACGAAUGAAUUUGCUCAAAAGCUGCAUAAAUGAAUGAACAAAUAAAUGAUAAAUAAAUAGCAGUGGGUAUUAUUUCAGAUUGUCAGUUUAUCCAUGAGUAUUAAAUUKGCAACAGCAGUAAUGUCUCCAGAAGUCGCGAAAACAAACACUACUGAAAAUCAAUUUCAUAUAAAAUCCAACAGAACUCACUAUAUUUGUGAAAGAUUGGCUAAGGAAGAAAAGUGACUUUCUCGUUUCGAGUGUCGAUUUAUAAUUUCCAAUUGGCGGUCUUUUUCCCGUAAUUACCAUGACAAAUACAACAACAAUGUACCCUAGCGUCAUAAAAUCACUUUAAAUUGAAAAGCCUCUAUCUAUAAUUCAAAGAAACGAUUAUUACAAGGGCUAUUGAGCCGAAUAACCAAUAACAACCCCUUAUWCAUUAUAUAUAUUCAUGAGAAUCGUUGAGCUAACUAAAUAUGGUGAUAUCUAUAAUAUAAAUCUAUGUUGUUGACUCGUUAAAGCAAAAAAAAAAAAAAAUAUGGUAACAAUCAGCGUUGCUUCUAAAUUACAGCCAAAUGUAUUUUGAUCCUAAAACUUAUGUAUACAUAAUUUGGUAUUUUUGACGCCUACACUGAGCUGAGAGUUUGUGGUACAGCUGGUCCUUAAUAGAUAAACUCUGGGACCAACUGUAACGAGUUUGAGUGGAUAGGACGGCUAGAAGAUAACACCCAACCAUACGCUGGUAAAGGUCAAACUGAAUGCCGCUUUGCUUUUAUGGCAAACUCUGUCGGUCUGACUUUCCUAAUGAACGAGGACACUGCAACAUAACAUGGAAAAGGUUUAACUAAAGUCAAGAUGCACAACAUAUCGACAACAUUAACUCCUACACCCUUAACGGACUUCAACAUAACAAAUCCAUCAUCAACAUGUCAUCUUCAUAAAGAUUCCCGACUCGAGAAUGUCAUUAAGAUAGUUUUAUACAUAGUGGCAAUGGUAGUCUCACUGGGAGGAAAUACGUUGUUAAUUUACGCCGUCAAGCAACGGAAACGUAUGCAUACCGUAACCAACUUUCUUAUUAUCAACAUGGCAGCCGCUGACCUGUUUAUAACGGUGUUCAACAUGCCUACAUACUUGGAAAUCCUCAUAACGCAGAAAUACGACUGGAUGGGCGGUCCCYUGGGKGUUCUUUUGUGCAAAUUGGUAUUAUUUAUUCAGGGCGUGUCAGUAACGUGUUCAGUGUUGACGCUGACUGUUUUGAGCGUGCAUCGAUUUGUAUCUGUGUUUUUCCCGUGGAAGAAGCUUAUGAACACGAAAAACGUAAAGUUUGCUAUAGCUGGGAUAUGGAUUGCAUCAUUUCUAUUUAUAUCACCACUGCUUUAUGCUUUAAAUGUCAUGGARCAUAAUAGGAUGCUAGUAUGUGAUGAACGAUGGUCGCCRUUAUUUGAUGAAAAGCAAGCACCAAAGAAUUAUACUAUCGUGUUGUUUGUACUUCUUUACAUGGCUCCUCUAUUGAUUAUGGCUGUUUUAUACUCCUGUCUUAUCUACAAACUAUGGUUCCGAUGCCCUUCCGAACUUCCAGCGAGUUCUUACCGAAGACAAUCCGAAGAGGCCUUAAGCGUAAGCCGAGUGUCUUCCGACGAUAAAAGCAAACAUGCAAAGUCUAAAAAGUUGGUAUUGAAAAUGUUGGUGACAGUUGUUGUGGUGUUUGCUUUAUGUUGGUUACCGAUGCACGUACGAAGUUUCUUUGUGUUUUUUAGUAAAGACGGUCUUCCAUGCCUACCAUCUUUUCUCGAGUUUAUAGGAUAUUUCUUGGGUCAUGCAAACAGUGCGUUGAACCCGUGUAUUUAUGUCAGCUUUAGCGAGAGCUAUCGACAUACUUUCAAAACAGUAUUGUUCAAACUAUGCGGAAAAAAGAAAGUCAAGACUCCAGUCAAAAGACCAAAGAGAGACGUCGAAGUUGAGCUUCAGAAAAAGCGACUAAACUAUAAAUACCACUUAUAAUAAACAAAAACGUUACUUUCAAUGCUAGUUCUUAACCUAUUCUUAUAUUAUCUCUCAAAAAGACUAAAUUACAACACCAAUUUUUAAACAACCUUUCUUAUCUACAAAACAACGACCCAAUUAUAGAACAAGAUGAUUUCUCAAAUUACAAACGCAAAAAGAAGCCGUUUCGACGUUUUUCAUAUCGUCGGUGAAAUGCACAAAGAUGAAACUGUUGGCAAAUGAGAUCUUACAGUAUUAAGUAAUGCUAAUUUUAAUAUUGAAUAUGAGACUCAUAAAGUGUUUCAAAUUUCCUAAAUAAAAAGCAAAUAUCGAUUCCAAAACAAGAGUUAUUAUUGAACCUCAGUAUAUCGGYCAGUGUGYGGUCGUUAWACCAUCAUCGRUUCAUACAUUAAUUGCCUUGGGGUAUAUAUAUGCGUGRAUGCUAUCCAGAAUUCGCAAAACUAGUUCAUAUUUGUUCAUCAUAGGUCUCCUAAUCUGAGUAGGUCGGGUAAAUGUUCUGGUAGUCCUUGAAGAUUAUUAAAGAAACCCUCGUCAAUACGGACAUCGUAGAGAAAAUAACCAAUGCCCGUAUUAAGAAGGGUCCCUAACUAAAAGCAGAUGGCUGAUACGAAAAAACUUUUUUCCGAAAAAGCUUUUGUCUUGCAACCAUUAU